CUGCGAUAAGCAAUGAAGAAUAAUUGACACUAAUCUGUUUUGCUUGUCAACAAAAAAUCUUCACAGAACAAAAUCAUCCGUAAUGGCUAGCGAAAAGGAAAAAAUUGAGAAGUCUAAGAUAAAUAACCAAGUUAAGCAUGUACCAAAGGACGCCCAAGUAAUAAUGUCCAUAUUGAAGGAACUGAAUGUUCAGGACUAUGAGCCUCGUGUUAUUAACCAGUUAUUGGAAUUCACAUAUCGUUAUGUGACUUGUAUACUAGAUGACGCGAAAGUGUUUGCAAAUCAUGCUCGUAAGAAAACCAUUGAUUUGGAUGAUGUCAAGCUUGCCACUGAAGUAGUCUUAGACAAAGCAUUUACCUGCCCACCACCACGCCAUAUUCUGGCAAAACUUGCCGAGGUCCGAAAUGCAAUGCCCUUACCGCCUAUUAAACCACAUUGUGGUCUGAGACUUCCUCCUGAUCGUUAUUGCUUAUCCGCCUGUAAUUAUAAACUUCGUGCUGCGAGUCAACCAAAGAAAAUGACGAAAUCUGCUUUAGAAUCCCGGUCAACAAUAAAGACACAAAUGAAAAAUGCCGGAGGUGCUGGUGGUACAAAGCGUCAAACCGUGCUUGCACCAAAAACUCAGGUUGUUACCAUUCCAAAGCCAGUAAUAAAAUUCACAACAACCACUAAAACAGUGACAUCAAGUGGACCGGCAGGAAUCGGGACCGGAAUAAUUGUCAACAGCGGCCCCGAAAGCGGCGAUAUUAAAAUGGAAGUCGAUUUGGACACAAGUGCAUCAGCAGCGGUUGGCAGUAUUGGGGGGAACAAUACAAGUGGAGAUGGAAGCAGUGGUGGCGUUAAGCGUGAACGUGAAGACGAUGAAUUUGAAGUUGUACAGUAGUUUAAAUGCCUUUUGCAUUACAUUUUAUUUGCAUACAAAUUUCAUUAUUCUAUUAAAGUUUAUUAGAUUUUGCUUAUAUAACGUAAAGAA